AUGUGCCAAGAGAUUUUAAGAUUUGGAAGAGUGUGAACGGUGACAGUGGGAGAUAUCUAAAUGCUGUGAACGAGGGGGAUACUGUGAAUAUUAGCUGUACCAGCCAGAACAGUGACCCUGCAGUCUCAGGCUACAGCUGGUACAGCUCCACUCAGAACAAGCGAGUCGACGGCCAGAUCCUGCUGUUUGAAAGCAUCAGCAAGCUACAGAGUGGAGAUUAUCUGUGUGAGGCAAGAAACAACAUUGGGACAGGGAGAUCAGAGACCAUUACCAUCAGGGUCCAGUAUGCCCCGACCAGUGUCCGAAUCACAUACCCAAAGACAGUUCGUGCUACAGAAAGGGUGACCCUCACCUGUGAAUCUGAUGGCCAUCCAGUUGUAUAUUUCUAUCGCUGGAAGAUGUUAUGUCCAUUCCACUCGUGGUCUCCCUGCACCAGUCGCCCUCAAUGUUCGUUCUACACUUCAGUGCAAGAUGCUCCCUGUGACUACAUCUGUACAGCGAGGAACUCCGUGGGGGAAAAGGACUCCGAUCCCGUACGACUGGAUAUCCAGUACGGCCCGAGAAACGUGGAGAUUAUUUCAGUGGAUACAGUGAAGGAGGGGACGGAGAUCACACUAACAUGUCGCGGUGAAGCCAACCCCCCGGUUAAUAGGUACAGCUGGUCGAAAAUGUGCAACGGACAGCAGAGAGCUCUGCGAGGAAAUACCGCUUCAGUUAGGAUUCAAACGACCAGGGAGGAUGCAUCUUGUAGCUACGUCUGUACAGCACAGAAUUUUGUCGGCUCCCUGGAUUCUAAAUCCAAACGCAUUAAUGUACAGUAUGGCCCACGCGAUGUUACCAUUGUUCGCAAUGAGCCACAGCGAGAGGUGAAGGAGAGAGACCGGGUUACCUUGACCUGUAACUCCAGGAGUAAUCCAGAAGCUGGCUACACCUGGUAUAAGGACAGUGUGAACACAGCAGCUCACAAGGGGACAGGGAAAGUCCUGACCAUUCGCUCCAUCAACCCAACGGAUUCUGGAGAUUACUACUGCAAAGCAGAAAAUGGAUUUGGAAGCUCCACCUCAAACAGCUUCAGGAUCGAGGUGCUCUAUGCCCCUCGGAACAUGAAGGUGUCGAUCUCUCCAUCGAACAGUGCGAUAUACGAAGGUGACAACAUCACCCUGAGCUGCACCAGCGACAGUAACCCCCCACCCAGCUGGUACAAGUGGACAUGGAGACGGGGAGAGGAGACUGAGGCUCUGCAGUCUUCCAAGAGAGAUCUGACCUUGUACAGAAUCACUCACAAACAGGAGGGUGUGUACUCCUGCCAGGCAGGGAACACAGUCGGUGCCAACAAGUCAGAGGGUCACAGGAUAGAGGUUGUGAAAAGCUCAUUCGGACUCAUAAUCGGAAUUUGCACAGCACUGCUGGCCUUCAUAAUCACAGUGGCUUUGGUGUUCGUGUGUUACAGAAGGAAACGGAAACUGUCUGAAUCUAGCAGCCAACAACACAUUGAAGCAACAAACACUGUGUACAGCGUGGUCAUGAAACGUAACCAGGCGAAGGAGAAGACGGUUUAUGAAAAUAUGGUGAUGACCGAGUGCACAGACUCUCAGAGGCACUCCCCACCAGACGGGUGUGUGGACUACGCGACCAUCAACUUUGUGAGCAGCUCCCAGAUCCCGGGGGGGCAGAAGCAAACAGGAGCGGCUCG